AUGGAGACCAGAGAAGAUGGAUUAUUGCCAUCUCAGGCCUUCACCACAGCCGCGGCUCUGCUGCCGGUUAUUGAUCGAAAAGUGGUGGUGACUCUACGAGGAGGCCGCAAGUUUUUCGGCAUUCUGCGAUCGUUCGACCAGUUUGCCAACCUGGUGCUUCAGGACACUUACGAAAAGUACUUUGCCGUGCCCGAAAAGGUGUACGGAGAGGAGUACCGAGGCACGUACAUCAUUCGAGGAGAGAACGUGGAGCUCAUGGGCGAGGUGAACCUGGACGAGGAUCUGGCGGCUAUUGACUACGAGGAGAAGAAUGGCGUCACUGUGAAUGGAUACAAAAAGGUGGAGUUUGCCGAGGCCAAGAAACUGGCUCUCAAGACAAUGCAAAAGGAGGCAAAGGAAAUCAAGGCCAAAAACGAGCUUCUCAUGGGUAUUUAG